UCCAACCACUCUCAACCACUCUAACCCAACUCCGAUCUCUCGACGACUCGACCCAGAGUUUCCGUCCCAUGGAAGGGGAGAAGCCCGGCACGGAUCUUGAGGAGCUCAUCGGCCGGCUGAGGCUUCACCAGCCGCCUCCCUCCCCGUGUGCCGGCGAUCCAUCCACGGCGGCGACCCCAAACGCCGGCGAGCUGUUCAAGCCGCGGAGGGCCGCCGUGCUGAUCUGCCUCUUCCGGGGCUCCGCCGGGGAGCUCCGCGUCAUCCUCACCAAGCGCUCAUCUUCCCUCUCCACCCACUCAGGGGAAGUUGCAUUGCCAGGCGGAAAAACUGACGAGGGUGAUGCUGACGAUGCAGCUACAGCAUUGAGGGAGGCAGAGGAGGAGAUUGGGCUUGAUCCAUGUCUGGUCACUGUUGUUACCUCUCUCGAGCACUUCUUGUCAAAGCAUCUUCUGGUAGUUGUUCCUAUAGUUGGCAUACUCUCAGAUAUAGAAGGAUUUAAACCUGUUCUCAACAUCCAUGAGGUCGAUGACAUUUUCGAUGUGCCCCUGGAGAUGUUCCUCAAGGAUGAGAACAGGAGAUCUGAGGAGAGAGAACGGAUGGGGCAAGUCUUCACAAUCCAGUACUUCAAUUACGAGACAGAGAACCGUAAGUAUGUAAUCUGGGGUCUGACUGCCCGAAUCCUGAUCCAUGCUGCUUCCAUUGUAUACCAGCGGACACCGGACUUUGUAGAGCGAAGAUUACAGUUCAACUUGCCAAAGUACUAAGGGGUGCUCGAUGCAUUGAUCGGAUCUGCUACACACUAAUGUUUACAGUGUUAUCUCAGUUAUAUGCUGUUGAGCGUACAGCAGAGUACGCCACAUGUAGAACGUACAGGGAUUUUAAUCGAUAUACUUAGGAUUUGCAUUUUGUUUACAUUUCUUACAUCAUGUCUGUAGUCUAUAGAGUACCUGAAAUGUUGUUGUUGAUGUGACAAAAUACUUCACUGUGUGGGCUUUUGUGAUUGGAUUCUAUAAAUCUUUACUAUUAAGGUGAAA